AUGUCUCAGAACCGUGGAGCCGUCAACCCUGCAGCCCGAGCCCCCCUCGAGGUCAGGCCACUGGAUACACGAACCCCAGGACCUGGCGAUAUCCUCGUCAAAAACGAAAUAAUCGCCAUCAACCCAGUCGAAGUCAGCAUCACCAAGAACGAUCUUUUCAAAUCCAAGUACCCCUGUGUAAUCGGUACUUCUUUCGGUGGUGAAGUCGUCGCUGUUGGCGAGGGUGUAUCCGAUUUCAAGGUUGGAGACAAAGUCGCCGCCUAUUCCAGUCCAACCGAUGGCGAUAAAUAUGCUGCCUACCAAGCCUACGCACUGGCCAAGGUUGACAAGACCAUUCUCGUCCCUGAGGCCGUUGAUCUGGCUGUUCCUGUGAGCAUGAACGGGAACCUUACUACUGUCGUCGGCAUGAUCAGCGCCACAGCCGGUGUGCCCAAGCCAGACAUCGAGAACGAAGUAGCACCUACUGGCAAGAAGAUCCUCAUCUACGGAGGGACUUCUAACCUGGGUAGCUUGGCUGUACAGUAUGUUCGCCGGGCAGGCUACAGCGUAGUCACCACUACUUCGCCCAAGCACAAGGCCUUUGUUGAGGCUCUCGGCGCCGACAAGGUCAUCGACCACAAUCAGGAUCGUGACACUCUCGUCAAGGCUUUCAUUGCAGAGGGACCAUAUGAUAUCGUCGUUGAUACCAUCUCCCAUCCCAACACUUCAGCAUACUCGCCGAUGUUCUAG